AUGAGUGUAUCUACCUCAUCCAACACAUUACCAGCGCGAAUAGCUGAUUUACUCCGUGACUUGACCCCUAGGGACGCUCUCAAAUGUGAAAUCUUCCGGACCGCCUUCUACAACUUUAUCGAGCGUGGCGACAGCUAUUUCCGCGGGGAUCUUGCAACACGCCUUGGAGAACUGACAGGCGGACAACGACCACACAAACGACGGAAGAAAGCCACGUCAGUGCGUUCACCACUGGAGAAACGCGCCCGGAGCUAUUUCCAAGAACAAAGGGCACGUGGCAGCGAAGGCAAUGAAGAUGGCAAGAUCGAUGACAUGUGGAGUGCCGUCGAGUGCUUACAAGCCGCGUGCGCCCGAUCCGUGAGCGCCUAUGAGGAUAUUCUGAGGCAAUCACGGCCUGCAAUCGAAGGGAAUCGACAAAAGCUUGCUCUGGACAUUUAUAAAGCAUCCAGCGCGAGUUCAUGCACGGUGGAGAGUGGGCGUCGAUUCGACCUGCUGCAUGUGGAGUACGAAGUCAAGUUGUUGAAGAAUAACGUGGACCGUGGUGUGACAGCCACGGGCGCCACCGAAGGCAGUGUUGCAGCUGCUGAGCGUGAGUUUGCUCGACUUGCGAGCGCUGACCCUCGUUCAGUGCGUAAUGCGCGUGAGAAUGCCCGGCCAUACGUCCAUGUCGCGACCCAUGCAAGUGGAUUGGGCUUGGUUCUGAUGCUCGGUUCUCAGACUCGCAACUUAUGGGAGCGUCAACUGAGCAACAAGAACAUAUCCUGGAUAUUGGACUUUUGCAGCAUAGAACUUAAGGGAGUCGCGGAAAGAGCACAGGAGUUACAGCCCAUCGCUCGAGAGCUCGUGGUGCGCGGGUUUCAGGCUCGUGGUGUGGAUCAACGUGAACUUGAAGAGGGCAAUCAUUUGUUUUCUGCCCAUUUUCCUCAGGCGUGCCAGCACAAGAUCCAGACUGAUGCCAUAGACGCCUUGAUCGCUGCUGCGGACCAUCUCCAGACGAAUGCGCAGUUCAGCUUCCGAAGCUGUCCAGAUGCACAGGUAGGCGCGACCGUGACGCCAGAGUUGCAGAUCGCCCAUAGCUCGAGGGAGGAGCAUUCAGGCACCCAAGAACAUCGUAAUAUCACAAGGGUGUCUCCACAAGGACAUGCAAUCGACGCUGGUGAGUUCGAGUUGAACAGUUCUGGCACAUUCGUGGACGGACUCUCCAAAGAGGGCGCUCGUGCCCAAAUGCAAGAAUGCGCUCUCGAACAGUUCCAGUCAGGGCCGGGAGAAUAUUGGGGAUUGGGCGAAGAGUUCGCUGCAGACUCUGCUCUCCUAGAUUGUUGGAUACCAGAGGAGUCGAACGACUUUCUCCACAUUUGGGAUGUCACUACGCACUAA